CACUGCCUCUGCCUCUGCCGCACGGCCAGUGCCACAGUUAUCAGUCGUCGCGUGUGCGUGGCCAUCAUUAGUCUUCAUUCUACUUUCGACGGUCUUUGUGUCAACAACGUGUUGCACGCUCUGCCACGCUCCCGCAUUACCGUUACACUUUCAAACGCGAGUCGCCACCCAAAAAGGUGGGUCGUUUAUCAAAGGACCCCAAGCAGUGCUGCUACGUGUCGCGUGUGUGUCUGUUUGUCGUGCAACAAGUCGCAGCUUUAAAUUAAAUUGCAACAAUCAAACAUCAAACAAAUAUCACAAAAGUGUCUAAACAGUGUGUGUCUGUGCGAUAGUGCCACAAUUCGAGGCAAGCCCCCCUCCCUCACCGCAAACAUUGGCAUUAGAUCGUGACGAGGCCUUUUUACCCAAGCACUCAAUCGAAAGGAGAGGAAAGCAGCUUGCCAUUGAAGUCUCCCCCCCGCCCCAAGGAAAAAGCAGGAAGGAAGAGGAAUACCGACACGAAAUGUUGCCGCAUCAUCAGCGCCAUAAUAUGGCGGCUUCGGCGGCUUCGGCGGCAGCUACGGUGGCAGUGCUGCUGCUGUUGGGCUGCUGCCUGAUGGCGCCGCCCACCGAGGCCCGUUCGAGCGACAAGGAGGGGCGCCGCAAUCGCAGCCGACAACAGGGAUCCGUGGCAGCCUCGGCCAGCACCAAUGGCGCCUACUAUGGCGCCUCCUCCUCCUCAUCGUCCUCUUUGACGGCCGCCAGCACUGGCUCUGGCUCUGGCUCUGGCUCUGGCACCGGCUCUGGCUCUGGCUAUGUGUUCAGCAGCAGCGCCUCAAUGGGCGGCGGCGGCGGCGGCAGCACUGGCUACAACGGACCCAUGGACUCCACCGGCUUCUGCACCCGCAGGCGCGACAUGAAGCUGAUGUGCUACUGCACGCCCGACGAGAACCAUGUGCCCGUGCAGAAGGCCGAGUGCUGGGUGUUCUCCGAGGGACUGCACCAGAACGACACCACCUGGACGCGAUUCUACCAGCAGAAGCGGCUGCGCGAGCUGAAGUUCGUGAUCCAGAACAACGCCCGACUCGACUACAUACCGACGAUGAUCAUUGAGCCGCUGAAGAACCUGAGCAGCAUCGUCAUCGAGUACUCGCAGGUGGAGAUCGUCAAGAGCUAUGCGUUCGCCAAUCUGCCCUUCCUCGAGCGGAUCAUACUGAACAACAACCACAUCAUGGCCCUCGACCAGGACGCCUUCGCCAAUCACAUCCGUCUGCGGGAGCUCAAUCUCGAGCACAAUCAGAUCUUCGAGAUGGAUCGCUACGCCUUCCGCAAUCUGCCGCUCUGCGAGCGUCUCUUCCUCAACAACAACAACAUCAGCACCCUGCACGAGGGCCUCUUCGCGGACAUGGCCCGUCUCACCUACCUGAAUUUGGCCCACAAUCAGAUCAAUGUCCUCACCAGCGAGAUCUUCCGCGGCCUGGGCAACCUGAAUGUCCUCAAGUUGACCCGCAAUAACCUCAACUUCAUCGGCGACACGGUCUUUGCAGAGCUCUGGAGUCUGAGUGAACUGGAAUUGGAUGAUAAUCGGAUUGAGCGCAUCUCCGAGCGUGCUCUGGACGGCUUGAAUACAUUGAAAACUUUGAAUUUGAGAAAUAAUUUACUUAAGAAAAUCGACAAUGGUCUGCUGCGCGGCACCCCAGCGCUGCUCUCCAUCAAUGUGCAGGCAAACAAAUUGGAAACGCUGACAUUCUACACGUUCCAGCCAAUUAUGGACAAUUUGGUUAACAGCACCAGUGAGCUGUUGGUGUCAGACAACAAAUUCAUUUGCGACUGUCGUCUACAAUGGAUCUUUGAAUUGAAAAAUCGCACACGUCACCUGCAGCUGCGUGACUCUCUGGACGAGCUCCUCUGCUCGCUGCCGGAGCCAAAGCUGGCGCAUUUCGUGGACCCAGUGCCCCCGAACAUCCUGGACGCGUUGAACGUGGGCGGCUUCACGGCCAUCGGCACGAACAGCGCCAGCAUGGGCGGCAUCGGCAACAGUGUGGUGGGCAGCAGCUACAGCAGCCUGGACGACCUGAGCAUCGGCGGAUCCUCCCGGAAGCACUCAUCGAGCAAGUCCCGCCAGGCCUUGCGCGGACAGCGCCAGUUUGCGGCCGAGAAUGUCGUCGAGGGCAAGAUGCGACGCAAGCGGCAGCAGGAGAAGCAGCAGCUGCAGCAGCAGGAGCUGGAGCUGGCCAAGGGGCAGCUGGCUGCAGUGGCGCCCACCCACAAGCGGUACGACUACUACGACGACGUCAACGGGGGACUGGGACUGGCUCUGGGCCACGAUCUGGACGACAAUCUGAAUCUGCACAAGCAGGGCGGCUCCUUCUACAGCCCCGGCACGGCCACCGGAACGAAUCACAACGAUGUGGAGGUGCUGAUGGGACCACACCAGUCGCCCACCAGUGGCGGCGACUCGCUCGACGCUCUGGCCAACAAGAACACGAUCAAUGUGCGACUCUUCCUGCUGAAGCCCGAGAUGCUGCCCUGCCACGACGAGCUGAGCGAUCCCACCGAGCUGCCCCUGUCGCGCGAUCUCAUGGAUGUGCGCAGCAAUGUCCAGGACUCGCCGUUGAGCGGUGCCCCGCGGCAGGACCUGCUCUCGGGACUGAUCCUCCUCUGCCUGCUGGCGGUGGCGGUCAGUCGGGGUUGAUUCGGCCACGAACUCUGCUCGUUCGCGAACGCUUCUGUAUUCUGCAUUCGGUUUGGUUAUUCAUUGUACAUACUCGAGAGCCUUCAUCUUCGGUAUGGAGGAGUGGCAGGAAGAGGAGGAGGAGGAGCAGGAGGAGGAGGAGGAGGAGGAGGAGUAAACGCAAAUAACCCUUUGGAAACGAGCUUCAUGAAACACGAGCGAUAUAAGCCUAAAGAGCAAACAAACGUCUUGUAAAUAUGUAUGUAAAAAAAAACGAAACAAAAUUCGAUUGAAGAAAACCUACUACUAUAAUCCUAGCUAAUGUUAGCUGUAAUGUUACGACUACUCUCGACUUUCGAUCCUAAAACUAGAAAAACUUGAGCUCCAAAAACUUUAGGAACAGCAACAGCAACAGAAAAACCCAACAGCAACAGAGAAUCCCAUAAAUGCAGAAACUUCUACGAAACCGAUACCGAAACCGAUACCGAAACCGAAACUGAUUGAUUGAUUGAUUGAACCUCCGAGCAAACUGGCGUUUCAUUUAAAGAGAGAAAAACUCUAACUAAAAACAAAACAAAAAAAAAAAAACUAUGAAAAAAAACCACAGAAGAAAAAACAGAAAAACCAAAAGAUACAUAGAUACACUCUACUACAUAGAUAUAGUUUAACAGAGAUAUAGCCAUGCAUUAUUUCGUUUACUUGAUCAAUGUACUACUCGUUCAACAGUAAAACACAAGUACAGUGAAACUUGGAAAGCGCUAAACGUCUUAGGGUAGGAGACAGAGACAGAGACAGAGUGGCAGUGGCAGUGUGGCAGUGGCAGUGACAGAAAAGAAUGAUGAGGCAUGCCUGUAAGAUAAACGCAGAAACCGCUGAAAGUUGCAACUCGAUAGACAGAUGGCAGACAGAUUAGCUGAUAGUCGAUAGUUGAUAACCGAUAGCCGAUAACCGAUAACCGAUAAGUGUAAUAGAAGACCCUGCUGGCAACGCACUGAGGGUCCAGUUCUCAUUAGGAUUUAAGAGUCUGCUUUUUAGUGUGUAAGUGCUUUGCUUUGCUAUCCCUAAAAACUGUCGCCUGAAUUUUUCCCACACCCCCACACCCCAACCCACCCCACUGCACCCCACCCCCUCAGAGAGUUGAGGGGGGGGAAACUACAUAUUUUCUGCUUCACUUUUACUUUUGCUUGCACCACACAGAAACCCCGAAUCAAUUCGAAUGGAAAUCAAGAAAAAUAAAAAUAUGAGUGGAAACAAUAAGAAAAAAAAAACCAAACACACACACACACAUUGCGAAUUUAUAUAAAACUCAUUUGAAUAGAUCGAAAUUAAAUAUAAAAAGUAAAAAAAAAAAGAAAUCCCGAAACCAGAACAAAAAAAAAUAAAACUGAAAGGAAAAAAAAAACAGAAAUAUGCAUAACGAUUUUUGUAGCUUAAGACUGAAUAUAUAAAGGUAAAUUAUGCUAAUAUAUACAACAACAACAAGAAAAACAAAAAGGAAAAAAAAACAUACAUACAUAUAUGAAAUAUAUAAAAUAUAUAUAUAUAUAUAAACCGAAAAAGGAAUACUGUACUGUAUUGUAUGUUUAAUUUUUUUUUUUUUGUAAUUGCAUAAUGAAUGCAAACAGCUGGGGGAAAAGGAAAGGGUAAUGCCAUUUAUAUGUAUAUGUAUAUGUAUAUGGGAAAGCACACAAACACACACAGACACACACAGAAACAGGAGCGCGCGAACGGAGGAAAAGUGCAGUGAAAAUGCAAAAAUAGAAAACCGAAAAACGCAAAACGAAUGACAGAUCCGUCGUGCAUUCGAGUUUGGUAUUUAAAUGCAUAUUACUGCAUAUUUAUUUGACAAUUUAUUACUUAUUUAUACAAUUACUUAUGCACAAAACUAUGAUUUAUAAAUUGAUAUGAAAAAGCCACAAGAAAAUACAAAUAUUUUGAUUAAUGUGUUUAAAAAUUCAUAAACAACAAAAAAAAAAA